AUGCCUAAACAACUUAAUAGUCGUUGUCGAGAACUGGUUGCUUGUUUAAUAGAUUAUUUUGAACAAGAGCGAAUUAAUGGUGGCCCUUUUUUACCAUUGAAUGCUGUAAGAGAGCGUGUUGCAGCAGCCUUAAAACUAAGUUUAUCUACUGUUAGUACCAUUUCUCAAGCUGUUAAAAAUAAUGAAGUUUUAAAAUCACCUCCUAAAAAACGGUAUCACAAAAAGACUAAAACUAAUACAGAAGAGUUGAAUGUUAGUGGUAUCCGUGAUGUUAUUUACGACAUGUACAAAACAAAAAAACAUGUAACUUUAGAAUCAUUAAAAGACAACUUGGUUAAGAAACAGAUGUUUGAUGGUUCCACUACAUCAUUAUGGAGGGUAUUAAAGCAAUUAGGUUUUAGGUGGCAAAAAGAUUCACCAAGGCGUGGACUUAUGGAACUACCUAAUAUAGCAGUAAAGAGAACCUUAUUUUUAAGAAAUUAUAUUGAAGAAAAGGAAGCAUGUUUGUAUAAGUUUGUUUUCAUUGAUGAAACAUGGAUCUUCCAAAAUGGAACAAUAUGUCGUUCAUGGCAAAAUGAAGACAAAAGAAGUGUCAGAACCAUAAAAACAGAUGGUAAAAGAUAUAUUAUAAUCAAUGCUGGUAGUGAGGAUGGAUUUAUUAAUGGGGCACAAGCGAUAUAUUCCUCAAAUAACAAAAUAUCUGAUUACCAUGGGGAAAUGAAUAAAGAUAACUUUCUACACUGGUUUGAAGAGCAGUUGUUAAAGAACUUGGAACAACCUUCGAUAAUUAUUAUGGACAAUGCUCCAUACCAUAGCAUGUUGCUACAUAAAAUGCCAAAUUCAAGCUCGACUAAAGCUCAAAUACAAGAAUGGCUAACUAAGAAAAACAUAAAUUUUUCAGUUAAAAUGUUCAAAUGUGAACUUCUGGAAAUAGUUAAACAAAAUAAGCCACCUCAUGUGUAUAUAAUAGACCAUUUAGCUGAGCAAUAUGGACACAAAGUACUACGUCUUCCUCCCUAUCAUUGUAUUUUCAACCCUAUUGAACUUAUUUGGGGCAUUUCCAAACAAUAUUACAAUAGGCACAUUGGAAGAGAUGGCAAUACAGAACAAGAUUGUUUGAAUAUGUGGUCUGAAGCACUCGAAAAAAUUACUUCUCAAACCUGGAAGAAUGCUAUACAACAUUGUGAAAAGGAAAUAAAAAAAUGGUAUGAAAGAGAAAGAAUACUUGAUAGACUGGAGGUAGACCCCAUUAUAAUUAACACUGACAACCAAGACAGUGAUGAUAUUGAUGACAGUGACUGA